AUGGGCAACUCUUCCUCACUGAGCCGUGGGGUUAAGACAAAUCUAUACCAAUGGUCAAGUGAAAAAUUCCGUGAGGAGUACGCUCUCAUCUACACUACGAGCGGGCCUUUAGUCCCAACAAAAUCUUGUGCUAUUUAUUACAGAGUGAACCCAGACAAGUUGAUUCUCACCAUCGAUGAUCGCUUACCAUUACUUUCUAAUGGCCUCAGAGUAAAUAUGGAGUUCGAAGCUGUUAGAGAUUGCUAUGGGUUUUUUCAUUUUGGUGCUAUAAAAUUUAAAGAUCAAGGUGAUAGUUUCGAAGAGCGGAGCAUUGGAACAAGCAUAUCCAAGCAGGUAUUGAUUUUGAAGUAUCAUGAAUCUCCGGUGAGCAGAUUUGAUCGGAUAGACUUGUAUAGAUUGAAAAAAGACAGAAAAGUAACAUAUGAGCUUGUUUUCGUUACAUAUGAUCAAUCAGGUGACUAUUUUAUUCAUGUUUUAAGCAUUCACUGUGAUCCUUGGGAAGGCAUUCAUGUGAACCUUUCAGGUCCGUAUAGUGUUUACUCAGGAAAGAAGGCACUAUGGGACACAGAUUAUAUAUCAGGUAUGCCUCCGGAUGAUGUUAUACAAACUGCAGAAAAAAUUCGGAAAGACUUAAAGCCAGAAGUUUUGGAAUCCAAGGGAACAGACAGUGUUGUUGAGGCUCCUGGAGUCCCACUACCAAAAAAUCUUAUGGUGAAUAAAGGAUCAAUUAGAGGCGAUAACAAUUGCAAUAUCAACAUUUAUUAUUACGCCGGUCGGCAUUAGAAGAACAGUUCACAACGUUAGAUGUUAGAUUUUCCCGGUGACUUUCUCACUAAAUACCAAAAUAUGUACUGUGUUUGAGUGUCUGGUCGUUAUUUACUCCUUUUCAUUGCUAUUAUAUGUGUGUGGCUUUGGCUUGUAUCAUUUACUACAACAAACGCAGGUGAUCAUUGAA